CAAAAUGGAGAAACCACCUCCGCCGGAACCCAUCACCAUCUACGCCAACCAAGAAACGUUCCCCGGUGACAUGGAAUACUACUUUUGGUUCGACGAAGCUUCAAUCCAAGACAUGAACCACUUCGUCAAAACCAUCACCGGCAUCAAAUCCAAAGGCAUCAGACCAGACCUCAUCGGCUCCAUCAUCGCUCACUACGCUUCCAAAUGGCUCCCUGAUCUCUCCGGUAACGUCACGGACCCACCACCACCACCACCGACGGAGAGCGUUACGGCUUCUGUAAUGAAGAAACGAUUCUUCGUCGAAACACUAACCGGAAUCCUCCCUCCGGAGAAAGACUCCGUUCCAUGCAACUUCCUCCUCCGUCUCCUCAGGACAGCCAAAAUGGUCGGAGCCAAUCAGAACUACUUAACAGAGCUCGAGAACAGAGUGUCUUUGCAGCUGGACCAAGCCUCACUCAAGGAGCUCAUGAUACCUUCGUUUAGCCACACGUGUGGGACUUUGCUCGACGUUGAGCUCGUGACGCGUCUUGUCAAGAACUUCGCUGGUUUGGACAGUGAAGGUGUUAAGACCGGUGCGGCUCUAGUUAAAGUGGCUAAGCUUGUUGACUCUUACCUCGCUGAAGCCGCCGUUGACGGUGGUUUGACUCUAACGGAGUUUAUAUCAAUUAUUAAAGCUCUGCCUAGCCAUGCUCGUACCACUGAGGAUGGCUUGUACCGCGCCAUUGAUACAUAUCUCAAGGCUCAUCCUCAGGUAAUGAAGCACGAAAGGAAGGAACUGUGUAGACUCAUUGAUAGCAGAAAGUUAUCACCAGAAGCAGCUCUACAUGCAGCUCAGAACGAUCGUUUACCAGUGAGAUCAAUCAUCGGAGUGUUGUUCACUGAGCAGACAAAGCUAAGCCGUCACGUUGACUGGACCGGUAGCUCAAUAAGUAGUGCGGCAAGGAGUCCAACGAAUCCUUCUGGCUCACAUUACUUUGAGCCAGGGUCUGGACCACAGUGCUUGUCCAAACGCGAGAUGAAUGUUCAGCAAGUGGAGAUAAAGAGGCUUAGCGAUGAUGUGUUGAGGCUGCAGAGCCAGUGUGGUGCCAUGCAUAUACAGCUUGAGAGGCUUAUGGAGAAGAAGAGUGGUGGGAGUAAAGGGUUUUUCAGGUGGAAGAGACCUUUCAUUAGAGGAAGUGUUGAAAAGAUGAUGAACGUUGAGGAAGAAGUAGGUGAUAAUGGUGAUGGAUUUGAGCCAAGGACUCCAGGGAAUAUGAAGACAAGGCUUGUCAAAGGAAGAACAACACCUUCACGGUGGAGCAAAUCUAUGUCUUAAUGUUGCAUUAAUGGGAACAAAACAAAUUGUUAUUAUUACACAUGGAGGAGCAAUAAUGAAAAUGUUUUGUAUACACAAACACGCUAUAGAAGCAAAAUGUGUGUUUUGAAGAUGUGGUCUAAAAUUUGAUUGUUU